CCUUUCCCGGAGACUUUACACCUCACUCCUUCCAGGGUCCAAUCCAGUUCUCAGCGAAAUCAGUGCCAGUCUUUCAAUUAGCUUUCCCGGCGGUUGGAUCCUGUAGCUUCCGGGCGCCGAACAGGCGUGGGGUGAAAGCGGGUUAGCGCCAGCCCCUGAGUCCCGUGCCUGGGCGCGGGGAGGAGCGUGCUGCUGACCAGGUGUCACGCCCCAGGGCUGAGCUCGCCCCGAUCUCUGCCUGUCCCCCACCGGGCUCGCCGCCCCUCGCGGUGGCUUUGCCGUCUGCCUAGGGCAGGGCGGCUAGUAGGGGCUGCCCGUCCCCUCCCACUGUGCCAAGCCGCAGAGGCCGGCCCCGCCUCCCCUUCCCGCGGGGCUCGGAGUUGGCGCCCGGAGGCGGCGGGGCUGGCCCUGGACGCGGUGGGAGGAGGCUUCGAGCCCUAGGUUUGCACCUGAGCGAGGCUGGCAGCAGCGGGCGCUCGCUCGCUCCCUGGCUCUCUGUGCCAGGCUUCCCCCCUCCGCGGGGAUCAGCGCAGCCUCUCGCCCGCUCUGCCUGUCGCGCUGGGGCUGCAGCGGCGGCGGCGGCCAGCGCGCCCCGCUCCUCGCCUCGCUCCGGGCGCCCUCCUGCCCGCGCAGCUGCUCUCUCUCCCCGGCGUCUCAGUUCAUGGCACAGCGGGGCGGCCCCAGCUGCAGGAGCCCGGCCGACGGCUCGGCGUCAGGCGGGAGACACAGGGAGAGAGAACUAUGAAGUCCUAAUAAUUUAAUCCUCCCAGACUUUGUAUAUAUCAGCUUUGAAGUGUUUGAGAUCGCUGCAGUGGCCACCAAGAAUCCAGCUGUGCUCCUCAUUAUUCCUACAUAGGACAGCAGAAAUUGCUCAGUUCAUCGCACCUAUCCAGUGAGAUCGCUUGAAGUAUAUGCUCCCCAGUUAUUUGACAGCAUGGCUUAAUGGAAAGGAAAUGUGCCAUUUGAGUGAGUGCUCUACUUGAGAAAUACGUGCUCAAUCAGCAAAAGGAACACAACUUUUCAAGACCGGUCUAUGUGGAAAUCACUCCACACCCCAUUAUCUGGUUGAGUGAAACCAGAUUAAGAACUUCUGCCAUGGCAGCUCUUCUACUAGGAACUUUGCUGCUUAUUGUUCAACCUCAUAUAGUGCCUUCCAGACCAGCUGUAAUUUCUAAGGUUGAGGCCACUUCUCAAUCUGUUGAGAAAGAGCUUUUAAAAAAAACAAUUCUCAAAAAUGACUUCAAAAGAAACAUUCAUUUUAACGGAUCUUGCCAGCAGCUACCACAAACUAUCAUUAUUGGAGUAAGAAAAGGUGGAACAAGAGCCUUAUUAGAGAUGUUAAGUCUCCAUCCAGAUAUUGCAGUGGCAGAAAGUGAAGUCCAUUUCUUUGACUGGGAGGAUCAUUAUGGAAAUGGAUUUCAGUGGUAUAUGAAUCAAAUGCCAUUCUCUUAUCCCCAUCAGAUCACAGUGGAAAAAACCCCAGCCUAUUUCACAUCACCCAAAGUGCCUGAAAGAGUUUAUAACAUGAACCAGUCAAUAAGACUACUCCUUAUUUUAAGAGACCCAAGUGAGAGAGUACUAUCUGAUUACACCCAAGUGUUUUAUAAUCAUGUACAAAAGCACAAGCCGUAUCCAUCCAUUGAAGAAUUCCUGAUUAAAGAUGGUGAACUCAACGUGGACUACAAGGCAAUAAACAGAAGCUUAUAUUACUUUCACAUGCAAAACUGGUUGAAGUAUUUUCCUCUUGAUCGCAUUCACAUUGUAGAUGGGGAUAAAUUAAUCAAAGAUCCUUUCCCAGAAAUAGAGAAGGUAGAGAGGUUUCUAAGGUUGUCACCUCAAAUAAAUGCUUCAAACUUUUACUUCAAUAAAACGAAAGGCUUCUAUUGCCUAAGGGAUAGUGGUAGGGAACGUUGUUUACAUGAGUCAAAAGGAAGAGCACACCCUCAUGUAGAUUCUCAUUUACUUGAUAAACUGCAUGAAUAUUUUCAUGAACCUAAUAGGAAAUUCUUUGAGCUUGUUGGCAGAACAUUUGACUGGCACUAAUUUGUGGUAAGUUAUUGAUAAGCUUCAGAGCCUAAGUUUCAGUGUACGCUUAGAAAUUAUAUUAAAAAGGGCAUUUAAGCUAUAAUUUAUUUGUAAAAUCCAUAAAUACUUCUGUACAGUAUUAGUUUCACAAUUGCCAUAUAAACUAGUUAUAUUUUUCUACUUGUUAAAUUUGAGGACAUUUUGUAUUGUUUUUCAUGGUUGUUACAUUGUGUAUUACGUCUCUAUAUGAAGGAACUAAAAUAUUUCAUUGCAGAAGAUGCUUUCUUGAGAUUGUGUUAUCUGUUUAAUAUAUAAGAAAUUCAUUUCAACGAAAUCCCUCAGAAUUAUCUGAAUCUUUGAAAUAUGGUAUCUGGACUUUCUUUAUUGUGAAUGACCACAUGAACUUUACACUUAUCUUUCUGUUGUUUUUACUAGCUGCUUUAAUUUUAAAAUGUCGCUGUGGGCAGCAAAGUUCUCUAACCUGCUUUAUACAAUUAAUUCUUACUAAAGUGGUACCUCACAUACUUAUUAGGACAUGACAUGUCAGGUACAAUGAAAUGCUUUGUAAACAGACAUACCAACUACUGUACUUACCUUCAUAUUUAAUUUCAUAACUGGUGCCCCUGAAAUUCUUUGGCAGUACAGUGCCAGUUUCAUGGUAGAUUUUAAAAGAUUCUGUGGAUACAUGCUCAUAAAAAACACUGUUGGAUGCAGAAAUACAGUCAACCUAAGAACUUCCUUUAUUUUCUGCAUGUAUGUGUAUAUGUUCUUUAUACUGAAAAAUGGGAGUGAAGGGUUUAAGCAAUAUUGGUAAAUUUUAAAGGUUGCUUAUGAUUUUUCCUAAAUUCUAUAGCAUUUAUUUCUGCUUCAGAAUCACUGAAAACCAACACGCACUCAUGAGACAUUAGUUGGAUUAACCUCUAGAAAUUAAUGGCCUUAUUCUUAUUUACAUCAAGACUUUCCAAACACUGCUCUGGCUAUAUAAAGGUUCCAAAACUGAAUGUAAAUUACAUUUGCACCCCUAUUAAAGCCCCUUUUUUCCUACCGGAAUGGUGCUUUUUGCUUUCCACUCUACACCAGGAAAAAUCCACACCUCUGAGCGAUGCAGUUAAACUGACCUAAUCCCCACUAUGGACAGAGCUUCUCCUGUUGACAUAGCCUCUCGCAGAGCUGGAGUACCUACACUGACAGGAGAAGCCCUCCUGUUGGCAUAAGUAUCUGAAGCAUGACUGCAGCGUUCUAAGUGUAGAUCUGUCCUUACUGCAAAUGUGAAUCAGACCCAUAGAUUUUUCUUUUUCUCUCUCCUCCCUUCAAGAAUCAUGAGGUCACAUAUAGCUUCCAUUCAUGAUUUACAAGGCUACACAUCUAAGGCCUUUUUUGUAUAUUGGGAUUAGCCCCUGCUUCAGCAAUCCUUAUGGCUCCCCCUCUGCUGGAAACAGUCCAAUGCAAAUAAUGGCUUUCCUUGUCUACAGUAAGAAUUUCCAUGUAUUAUUGGCCAUCAGUUGCUGAAAUCAGAACAAAUCCUGCAUAUAGACAAGGUCCAAAACAGUACUUCAGAAUGUAAGCUCUUCAAUUGUAAUGGAGGGAUCUGGCCCAAGGUCUAGAAUAUGCAGAUAAAGUUUCACACUGAAACUGAAUUUUCAUUGAAUUCUGGACAGAUAAAAACAAUACUUUAUAUGACUUAAAUUUGCAUACAUUAGCCUUUGGUGGUGAGAUGGAGGGUGGGUUCAGGACCAGGCUGUGUUAGGCAGGUAUGGCUGCUCGUGUACUAUCUUCUGGAUGCAAACAUCACAUACAAUUCUGCUUGCAUGAAGAUUUGUAGCUGCUUUUUUUCUCUCCAUCCCUUGUGUAAUUGACCAAGCUGGAUUCAACCUCAGAGAGGCUUUUUUAUUGAUUGAUUUAAUUAUUUUAAGUAAAAAUUUGGAAAAAAAAUACUUAAAAUGAGGCAAUAUUGUACUGAAUAAAAGAUAUUUUCUUUA